AUGAGGUUUGGGAAGAAAGGCAAACUCAGUCCAAGAUUCAUUGGACCUUACGAGAUCCUUGAGCGCAUAGGCGAGGUAGCGUAUCGACUUGCAUUACCUGUGUCUAUAAAUAGAGUGCAUGAUGUGUUUCACGUAUCCCAACUGAGACAGUACAUCAGGGAUGAUUUACACAUUCUUCAGCCCGAACAGUUGACCUUGGAUGACACCUUACAGUAUGAGGAGAAUUCCAUUCAAAUCCUAGAUAGGAAGAUGCGGGAUACACGUCGGGGUAGUGUAGCGCUGGUGAAGGUGCUAUGGUCUAAUCACGUUACCGAAGAAGCCACGUGGGAGGUAGAAGAUGCCAUGAGACGCGAUUAUCCCUGGUUGUUUUCUCAGGCCUUAAAGUUUGGUGGGUUCACAGUUAGUACGAGUGAUAUAGAUUCUUCUAGUGCAUAUAGUAUGAGUAAUUGGAUAACAUAG